CCUUGCUGGCAGCCGCCUCAUCAGGAUGAACGGGAUGGCCAACAUCAACCCUGCCGGCCGCAGCCACUACGCCUCCGCCAUCCCGGUGCCCCGUGCCAUGGCUCAUGGCAAGCUGCAUGCUGUGGCCCCCCCAAGCACGCUGGAGACCCCUGUCCCCCAUGGGGCUCUGUCCCCCCGGUCAGGGAAGGCUCUAGCUCCCAGCCCCAAGACCCUCAAGCCCAAAGACGCUGCCAGAGCCACUGGCCAUGAGCUGGCCAAGGGCAGGGAGGGCAGCCCCAGCAUCUCCCUCCGUGGGGGGCAGAAAGCCCCAGCGAGACCCUUGGUGUCCCCCGGGAAGUGGCCAGAGGCAGUGGGCAGUGGGAGGAGAGGGGCAGGCAGGGUGGGGGAGCCCACUGAGCUGCCCAAAGCCCCCACUGUGCAGAGCAGGGGUGGGGGGCGACCAGGUGGGUCCCCUGGGAAGGGCAGUGGGGUGGCCAUGGAGGGGAUGGAGGAUGAGCCCCAUGGCAGCUCGCAGGGCAGGGGGCCUGUGUUUGGGUCAGGGGCCAUCACCUUCUCCUCAGGUCCCCCCCACAGCCAUCCCAUCACCGCCACCGUGGCACCCUUCCAGUACCGGCUGCAGGAGGACUGGGAGGAGAAGAGGGCCACAGCCCUGGGUGACGAGUGCCCUGGUCCUGCGGAGGAACCUGACCCCGACCCCAAAGCCGGAGGCCUGACAGCGUGGCCUGACCUGGGCAUCAGCAUCCCCCGCAGCGGCUCUGGCACGGGGAACCGUCCCCUCCAGUGACACCGCCGGGACAUCACCCGUUUGGCUCCGUCCCAGCCAGCUCCAGGAAUGACCCAUUUCCAAGAAGUCGGCAGAGAUCUGGUGCGGAGGCGGAUGCUACGGCACCACUGGCUCCCCGCACCCACCGCGGGUACCCCCCCUUUCCCGGGGGCUGAAUGAGCCCAAAUUCAAGCUCCCUGCUGCAAUAUUGGGGACACCCCAGUCCCUUCUGGCAUUUGCUCUGGGGGGGUGGCUGCUGGAGGAGAUGCUGGGGUGGCGGUUGCCAGGGCAGCGGCAGCGGAGGAUGGUGGGAUGCUCCAGGGAUAUUCAGGGAAGGGGAAAAAAAAAAAAAAAGAGCUGGGAGCUUCAUCGAGUGAUUUGAAGGGACAGAAGUCGGUCAGAGCCGUGGUGGCUCACAGCACAGCCCAGCUUUGCAGUGGGGCUCCAGCACUGCCACCCUGCAGCCAGAGGGGUAACGGGGUUCAGCGCUGAGCCCCAUUUUGGGAAGCACUGAAACCAGUGGUGAGCGGGAAGAUUUUCUGGGAGGUUUUGGGAUGAGGCUGAGCUGGUUCGGUACCGGGGAAAGGGCCAGAUCCUUUUUCUUGCUCCACGCCUCCACCCCGACCCGUGGCACCGUGUGGGGCUCUGUUGGGCCCUGCCAAAGGGGACAGGGGACUUUGGGAGGCCCCAGGAGUCGCCUUGACAGCCCCAAAAUGACAUGACUCCUCCAGAUUUACCCCCCAGCGUGCCCUGCAUCCAGGCAAUAGCCUCGUAGCUCAAUAAGGGCUGUAAAAGUCCCCGAACUCAGAGCGGCUCUGGGAUGCAGCAGGGUGGCUUGGGCACCUUUUAUUUUUUUGGCCACCCUUUGCUCUCCCAUCCAGGUCGGGUUAUUUUGGGGCUUCUCAGCAUCACCGUGGGCUGCACCCUGAAUGGCCCGGGGAGGCCAUGCUGCGGUACGGGGGGCCGGGAUGGGGGGCUUGUGCCGCCCCCGGCCCUCCUGGCUCCUUAUCGCGGCAGCAUAGUGAUGGGCUCUAAUGCAAUAUUUUCCGGCGGUUGCCAUGGCAGCCUGCGUGAGGUCACCAAAUAGACUUAAUUCACCCCUCCCGAGGGACGGGUAAUUAAUGAAAAAUGAUGAUAACCAGAUCCCACUCCCCCUCUUCCCUCCCCCCUCCCCUUAAUUCCCCCAGAUCACUGGAGAGGCCCCGCUGGGUUUGAGGGCCACAAUGUCCCUCGGGGGGCUCCUGGGGCCACCCUGGGCUCUUCCUGCACUGUUUGCGCUGAAGCGGGGAAGUUUUGGCCCCCCGGCGGACGGGUGUGCAGUGCCGGGUGUGGGGGCCGUGGCAGGCGGG